UGCUAUGCAACCAGAACUGCGUCGCCUUUCUGUGCUUUGUGCUUCAAUGGCUGAAAGACGUUUUGGUAAAAAGGUUCAGUCCGCCGUUUCGCAGAAUGAAUUAAAACAUGAGUGGCAGUAAAACCCUGGGGCAAUACAAGACCAAAAAACGCCCUUCCUCUAGCACUAAGGCUGAGAGGUCCAAGAGGGUUGAAGUAAGACUUCAGGCAAAAUCUGCCUCUGAUCCCACAAGGACCCACACAGAUGAGCUUUUGGCUAAGGAGGAACAAUACAAAAUCUUAAAUGCAGAGCUGGAAGCCAAAACAGCAGACCUGGUACGACAGGCAGAACAAUUAAUGAAAGAGCAGAGUGAAAUGCUGUCAAAGCCCCUGUCCACCCUCCUGCUCACGGAUAUCAAAGAUGAAGAAGAAUCAAGGACAUUAAAGCAGUGCACUGGGAGGGAGCCUGGUUUGAAGGUGGUGACCAAAAAAAGGGUCACAUCAGCAUCACAAGACAUGAAUAGGGGAAACCAAGGAAAAGAGCCUCUCAGUAAACCAGCAACCUCAGAGGUGUCUCAUGUAGAUGAUUCAGGGCCUGAGUAUUUCCUGGCGAAAACGAUACGUAGCAUAGAGGAGAAGAUGAGCGACACUGUCACUCAUGAAAAUGUUGAGGAUGAUCAUGAUGUGCUAGACACUGGAUGCCAUGUAGGCUCAGGCAUUUCAGAUGCUCAAAUACGUGUUCUCAAGGCAAAACUACAGAUAAUGCAAGAGGAGCUAGAUCAGCUUUCAUGUGAAUAUUAUAAGAAGGAUGAUGAAAACACUAAGCUUAGUGCAAAAAUUAAGGAGCUUGAGGAGGAGCGAGCCCGACUGCAGAAGACCAUGAGCAUUCAGCAAACACAGAUCGAGAAGCACAGAGCUUUAGCAGAGGAGUCUGACAAAAAAUGUGAUGGUCUUCAAAUGCAAGUGUCUAGUUUACAUAAGGAAACAGAAAAUCUGAAAAGAUCCCACAAACAAGCCGCAGCCAUCCAAGGCACAGUGGAGGUUCGUCUGAACAGAGCUCUGGAGGAGGUGGAGAGGCUGAAGACUCAGCUGAACAAGAUGCAACAGAUGAACAAGGACAAGAUAAGUGAGGAGCAUCAGAGUAAAGAAAAUCUACUUGCUGAAAACAAGAUGCUAAAAAAACAGAAGGCAGAACUCAUUGUGGGUUUCAAGAAACAACUCAAACUGAUUGACAUCCUCAAAAGACAAAAGAUGCACUUUGAAGCUGCCAAGCUGCUGUCGUUCACAGAAGAUGAGUUCAUGAAAGCUCUAGACUGGGGGAAGCCAUAAACACUGAGACUCAGCAUUUUAUU